AUGGCAGGCGAAAAAAGUGAUGCUUGGGAGGCGGACGAGGUGUAUACAGCUCAGCUCCGUCGCUCUUCCUCAAACGAGCACAGUUCCCCCAGUUCCGCUUUUCUUCUACCGAUCGAAAGCGAUAAGCGGACGAUAGGGAUAGGGUCAAACAGGGAACAAACAGGGAUUGAUUCAGCGAGGAAAGGGGUAUUCGGGAUUUUCGAGGGUGGGGGUUUUACCGACCGACGGGGCAAAUGGCUGGCAAAUGGGGGCGACGACAGCGAGAGAGGCAAUAAUAGGCAGGGCAGCCAAGGGCGGGCGGCAAGGGCAGCAGCCAAGCCUGCAGGGAAUCGGCCAUACCAAAGCCGGGGGCCUCGGCGCAUCUGCCGUCAUUUCGAUACACCGACCAAUGCGAUCCCUCCGCAGCCGAAGGCGCAAGAGCCAGAGAGUACGGUAUUUCUCGGCAACGCGGCACCGCCGGCCGAUGCUUGGGGGCAAGACAUGCAUCAUGCAGCACGCGGGUCAUGCGCUCUUUCCGGGAGGAUAUGUUUAAAAGACGAAGCCGGAAAUGUUUUUGUCCGUAAAAGACGAAGAGAGUCCGAAACCUGUCUAAAAGACGAAGAUCAGAGCCAAAAACAGGGUUUCUGA